AUGUAUUGGCCAGAGGAAGAGACAAAAAAUAAUAAUGAUAAACCAGCCAUACCUACACCUCAUAGGCAGGAAUAUUUGGCGGGAGAUUUGUCAAAUCAGAGACCAGGACAGCCAGGUUUUCCAAAUGCGAACGGAGGGAGGAUACUUGGAUUUCCUUUUAAAAAUGGCCAGGUGCCAUUUCCGAGGGGUACUGGUGGAAAUCCGAAUGAUCACUCAUGGCCUUCGUUUGGACAAAAUUACAUGCUGCAUCAGAAUGUUUACGACCAGUCUAGAAUACCGCCGCCACCGCCUGAAAAUGCAACCGUAAAUCUACCAUUAUUGGACGAUUUUGGAAGUCCAAUAAAAUGGGUUGCAUUCAAUUCGAACGAAACUUCGGAUGGAUUGGCGAAACUUACGGUAAAUAAUUAUUUUUUAUAA